AUGUUAGGGUUGUGCAGAACACUCCAAAGUUCCCUUGGAGGGGCACUUAGAACUCCCCAGCUUCUAGCUCAAGCUAAUACUUCAACUGUUUUCAAAAGAUUCAAGCACGAGUACGAGCCCAGGCACAAGAACAUCUUCAAAGCGUUCAAAGGCAGAGUCACAGUCAGAACAGGAGGCUCAGUGAAAGGGAACAGUCUCGAAGUUGGAAAAUACGGUUUGAGACUUAAAUCCAACGGGAUUAGAAUGGCAGCCAUCCAGCUUAAAGAGGCCGACAAAGUUAUCCAGAGACAACUCAGAGGCACGGGAGCAAAGUACAUCACGAGGUUUGUCUGCAAUACACCAGUGUGUGUCAAGGGUAACCAGACAAGAAUGGGUAAAGGUAAAGGUGGGUUUGACCACUGGGCAGUGAGGGUGCCCACGGGCAAGAUAUUGUUUGAGAUUGUGGGGGAUGUUCAUGAGAAAGUGGCCAGGGAGGCCUUGCGGAAAGCUGGCGACAAGUUGCCUGGGAUUAUGGAGAUUGUGGACGUGCAUUCCAAAAUAAGAGUAAGCCCCACAACGUUGGUGGACAAGCCAGAGCCCGUCAACUGGCUCGAGAAGAUGAAGGAGGCCCCAACGAAGAAAUGGACCAACAUAGAAAAGUCAAAGUCCCCUGAGUUCCGUCUUUACAGGAACCGUUGA